GCUGAAUUGUCAAAUACAAAAUCAAAAUAAACUGAAAUAAUUUUCGCAAAGUUUUUAGAAUAUACUGGAUCACAAGCAAAUCGGCAGCAUCCACUGUAACGUAUCCACAGCUGUAUAAGUAUAGUGGAGAGAAUUUAUAAAAGCUGAUGCCGUGAGUGAUCGAUGCUUUAUUUCCAAAGUGUGUUGCACAGAAAGUAUAAAUUGACAUUAUAAAGAUUCGACGGAUAGAGUUGAUGGAGUUAUCUCUAUCAAAAUAGCAAGUUAUAAUCAUUCCGCAUCCAUAUUCGGUUUAAGACUUACUUUUUUCUAUUGGUGCUAACUGUGUAAGCAUUCUGGAUUACGCUUUUUGACAUUCAAUAACUUCAGUUCUUCUGUCGGGGGGUUUGGAUUUGGUUUCGGAACAGUAGUUUUCCACUGUAAGAACUUCAGCAAAAAAGGUUACUACAUAUUUCGAGAAUUUACGCGGAUGGUUUGAAGCGGCGACCGGCGACGAAGUUUACGAUUGCUGACGCUGUUUCGAGAUACGUUUUUAUUUGGAUUUUAAAGAUGCAUCCAGAGGAAGCGGCAAUGGAUUCUGAUGAAGCACCGGAAUAUGGGUUUCGAAAUGUGAACUCAAUCAGAAAUGUUAAUGGAAUCCGUAAUCUAAAUGUUGUGUUUUUAAACAGAGACCGUAAACAUCCAAUUAUUCAGUUACGAACCGACAAAAAAAACAGUAAAGGCUGGCUGUUUAUAAAACUGUUGUUGAUUACAGUUUGCCUUGCUGGUUUUGUUGGUUAUGAAAGCAACUAUAAUUUGAGGCAAGAUCUGAAAAACCACUAUUAUAAAACGUAUGAAAAAUUGUCUCAACUUUCUAACGAUCUCUGUUCAAAACGCCAGGCUAAUUUUACUCCGAUACUGGAAGCAAUUGACCGUGAUAUUGUUGGCCAACAGCAUCUACAUGAUGAACUUAAAAAUUGGUUUCAAGCCAUUGGAAACAGCUCUUUUAGCUGCGCUUUGUUCGUUGGUGGAACAGGCGUGGGAAAAAGUUAUACUGCCAACAUUAUUGUGAAACAUUACCCGUACCCAACAAAUGUUCUAAUCAUUUCGAUCGGCGAAAAGAAACGAUACAAUGCAUUUAAAACAGCUCUCUUUAAGAUCCUGCGAGAUCCGAUUAUUCUGGGUAAAUGUGCACACUACAUAAUUGUGUUGGAUUAUUUAAAAACAAAUGACAUGCCGCUCUUGAAAAAAAUAAGCGAUCGAUUACGAGCAGUGAGUAACGCUUAUCACUUGGUGUUGCAAGCACUUUUUGUGUUUCAAGGCACUGAGCAAAAUAUACAUCCAGAAGAAGAUAUGAUUAAAGAAAUAAUACCUGAGGCACGACUCAUAAAAUUUACCAGUCUUCACACAAAGCAUUUAGAAUACUGUGUUCUUCGUGAGGCGUCUACAAUCGGCAUUGAUUUGAGCGAAAGAGAUUUCAUUGUACCGAUGGUAACUAAUCAAAUCAACGUUUCACGACACGGUUGCAAGUCGGUUCGUGCAAAAAUUAGUUUAUAUUCCGUUUAAUUAAGUACGUCAAAAUAAAGCACAUACAAAUUUAUGUUAUAUUAAUGCAAAACAAAACGUUAA